GAAGAAAGUGAUACUGUGGGAAGAACUUCGGCAAAUGAUAAUGGAAGAGGAAGGUAGAUGGAUGAUUGCAGGGGAUUUUAAUGUAGUUAGGAGUCCCAACGAAAGGAAGGGUAAGAUAGGGGAGUCUCAGGAUAUGAGGGAGUUUGAUGAGUUUGUUGUGUCAAUUGGAAUUGGAGGAAGGGGAGGUGGAUCUGAGAAAGGAAGGUUUCCAGCAGUUAUGGGAUAUUUUGUGGAAAAGGGAGGCUAUUUGGAAGCAAAUAUUUGGAAGCAAAAAUCUAGAAGUGAUUGGGUUAAACUGGGGGAUCAGAAUACGAGAGAUUUUCACAAAAUUGCAAAUGGGAGGAAGGCCCAAAAUAGUAUCUCGGGAUUAUGGUCUAAUGGUCAGUGGGUAGAGGAUCCAGAUAUGGUCAAGGAUGAGAUGGAGUGGCUUGAAAGGCCUUUUACUGCUAAGGAGAUUGAAGAAGGUUUGAAGAGUUGUGAUGGAAGUAAAGCUCCAGGACUUGACGGUAGGUUAGUGAGGGGAUUGAAUUCUUCUUUUCUUGCAUUAAUUCCGAAGAAGUUGAACCCUAGGGAACUAAAAGACUUUAGGCCUAUUAGUUUAAUUGGUUGUAUGUAUAAGUUGCUAGCGAAGGUGUUAGCUAAUAGGCUUACGGAUGUGAUGCUAGAGAUUGUUAGCGAAAUGCAAUCGGCUUUUGUCGGGGGACGACAGUUGGUUGAUAGUGUUUUGGUUCUAAAUGAAGUUGUGGAUGAGGUUCGCAAGAGGAAGCAACCAGCUUUUGUCUUUAAGGCCGAUUUUCAAAAAGCUUAUGAUUGUGUUAACUGGUCAUUUUUGGAUAGGAUGCUGGAUGCGUUUGGCUUUGGAGAUAAAUGGAGGGGGUGGAUUAUGGAGUGUUUAUCAACUGCCAGGGUUUUGGUGUUGGUAAAUGGCAGUCUGACAAAGGAGUUUGAAAUGGGGAAAGGGCUCAAGCAAGGAGAUCCUUUGUCUCCUUUUUUAUUUCUAAAGGUUGGAGAGGCAUUGCAUGGACUGGUUAAAAAAGCAGAAAAUGAAGGACUGCUACACGGGGUAAAGGUGGGUAGGAGGGGACUGGUUGUUUCUUUGUUACAAUUUGCAAAUGACAUAGUUAUUUUGGGUAAGGCUAACAAGGAAAAUAUUCUCAUGGUAAAAGCUAUUCUAAGGUGGUUUGAGUUGAUGUUGGGGUUGAGGAUUAAUUUCAGCAAGAGUUGUGUGUAUGGUUUUAAUAUGUCAGAUAGUUGGGUGCGAGGAGCAGCAGGAGUUUUGCAUUGUGAUGGGCCGUCUCACGUUGCUAAACUCGGGGGAUCAGGGGAGAAAAGGAAGUUCUUAUGGGUAAAAUGGGAGGCUUUUUGUUGGAGUAAAGAACAAGGAGGAUUAGGGGUUCCGGAUUUGCAUCGGAGAAAUUGGGCGCUGUUAGGAAAAUGGUGGUAUAGGUUAGGGGAUGGAAGGGAGGGGUUGUGGAAAAGGGUAGUGAAGGAGAAAUUUUACGAGGGGGUUUCGAUGGGAGGUUGGGGAUGGAUGUCGGGUGUGUUUUUGGAGGAUAUUUGGGUGGGGAAUAAAUCUCUACGAGAUUUAUUUCUAAGGCUUUUUCAGUUAGCCAUAAACAAAGAAGGUAUGGUAAAGGAGAAUGGGACAUGGGAAGGGGAAUGUUGGCAAUGGGGCAUAGAAUGGAUGAGAGAGAGGAUGGGUCAUGAAAAGGAUGAGGAGAAAGGGUUGGGGGUGGUGUUGGCGAGUGUACAGUUAAGGAAAGGUUUGGCAGAUUCAUGGCAGUGGAGGUAUGCUGUAGAAGGUAGAUAUGUAGUAAAGACAGCAUAUGAAUUUUUAGCUCCUGUGGAAUGCUUGCUUAAGGGUCAAUUGUGCAAAUUGAUAUGGUGCAAGUUGGUGCCUUCUAAAGUGGGGUUUUUUGGGUGGAGGUUGUGUCUAGCUAGACUUCCAACAAGGUGGAAUUUGCGGAAGAGAGGGGUGGUUUUACAAGGGGAUGGUAUGGUGUGUGGGUUUUGUAAAGAGGGUGUGGAAGAUGUUAAUCAUCUGUUUUGCACAUGUAAAGUAGCUUGGUUAGUAUGGGUUAAGGUGAUUAAGUGGUGGGGUCUAGAGGUAGUAAUGCUGGCUAUAGUGAGGGGUGUGGUGGAUUUUUUCCUGUGGUGUUUGGGUAGAUUGGUGGGUAAGGAGAUGGGAGCAUGCAUUUUUUUGGUCACCUCUUGGUAUUUAUGGUAUUGGAGGAAUGUUUUGGUAUUUAGGAGCAAUGGGGAUUUUAAAGAGCAAUUGCUGGAGUUAAUUCAAGUGAAGUUUUAUUUCUGGAUUAGAAAUAAGGUGAAUGGGUGUGUUUUCCCAUUAGCUCAGUGGCAAAGUAAUCCCAGGGAAUGUGCAAUGGAGCUGAAGCGUUACAAGAGAUCUCUUAAAUUGUUUACUAAGCAUCAGUAGCAACAUCCUCCCAAAUAGUUUUCUUGGAAGUAUGGAUUUCUUACAUGGGCAAAUGGGACGGUUGUUUUCUUUAGUUUUUUUUGGGUUGUCAUCAUGCUAUGUGCAGGAAUUUCUUUUCUGAUUUUUUUUGUUGGGAGUGUAAGCAGUUUAUACUCUUUAUAGAUGGGCAGGAGUACCCCUUGUGCUCCAUUUAAUAAAAUAUUUUUGUUUUG